CUCCACUCGCCAGCCGCCAGUGUGACAUGUAACCUAACCGGCGUCGGGCGCGUCACAUCAUGAGCUGGGCGUACGCUGGCCUGACCGUUUCAUUCAAUAUCUGUAACACGAACACUUUAAUGAACACGUGCCUUUAAUUAAAAUAAUGACCGUAAUUUACUAAUACAAUGUACAUGCAAGACCAAGGCACCUUCACUGUAAAGCAGGAAGAAGAGUUCAGCAGACCAGUCGAGUCCAUCAUGCGAUGUGAGGACUUCAAAAGCAAUUUUGCCAGAAGACUUUCUAAUCGCUACAUCUCCAGAUCACCCAGCUCGAGCUCAAGGCAAGAAAGUGCCUUAAAGCUGCGACCACCCCAGACAACAAAUACAGAAGCCAACCCCGAUAAAGUUCCAGAAAGAAUUGAGCCUAGUACUCAACUUUCCAAAAAUGUCGACAAGGAGCAAACAUUGGAAGUGAGCAAGUCCGGGGACAAAACACCGCCGCCGGCGAGCCACUCCAUGCAGCACACCGAGGUCACGGCGCUGCACAUGGAGGUGGACACCCUGCGGUGGCAGCUGGCGCAGACCGAGGCGAAUCGACAAAUGCACAUAGCUUUACUCAACCAAAUAGUUACUUUCCUCAAUAGAGUGAAAGACCAUAUCGAAUGUCAUAAAACCGACUUUAAUGAAUCCAAUGAAAACAUGAAAGAUAUUUCCAAAGAGAGGGUAUUACCGAGAUCGUUUAAUGCAGCAGAUAUACCGCGCUCGCGGUCAGUUGUACACGUCAACAAACAUGUGGAGUAUUCUUUGCGUCCCGCUAAGAAACUUGGGACAAGGAAGAUCAGCAAGUCAAUAAGUAAUGUUAAUGGAUAUAAAGACUGCAACACUACGUGGAACCAAUCCAAAUUAUCACUGACUUCUGAGAUUGGUAAUUCACAAAAAAUCACGGAAGAAAUCUCACGACUAAUUACUCUUGCCAAUACCGUAUUAAGUACUAAGCUGCCCGAUCUCGCCUGUAACGAUGUUCAACAAAACUCUAAUGACAAAAUAUGUGUGAGUAAUGAUAAAAACGAAUCGAUGAAUUCCAAUACCAGCACAAUGGAUCUAAGAACACAAAAUGUACCUACAAAAUCAUUUUUAAUAAAAUCCAUUUGCAAAAAUUCGGAUCCGUAUGAAGACUUACCUAGUUCUCUGGUAGAUGCAGAAGACGAUGACAUUAAAGAAUUCAUAAUGCCACUAUCAACGCUAAAUUGUGACAUCGGAAACGAAUUCGCGGAGUUAAAGAUUUCAAAUGAAAAGCAGGACCAUAUUUUUGAAGAAAAAUCUAAAAUAAAAAAUAGUAAAUCUUUUUUGUGCAGCAAGAAACUAGAUUAUAACCAUGCUGUCAGUAAAUUUACGGAAGACGAAAGCGGUUUUUCAUCAAUGAGUUCAUUUCAAGAAAUUGGCAUUCCAAUAAUAAGCAUAAUACCUCCAUCACCAUGCAAGGAAAUGGGAUACGUUGAUGAUAUCCCCGAAGUCGUAGAAGACACAGAAAAGUGGAAACAUGAAAUUGAACUAAAUAAACAAACUGUAAAAGUGUUUUGGGUGUAAGUUUUGAACGUACAAAUCUUUUAUUUAUUAGCCGUAUACUCAGACCAUAAAAUCAGGGUACAUAAAAA